AUGGGUCAGGUGCUCAAGGAGUUUGUUGCGGUACAACAUCACAUUAGACUCGUGAAUUUAGGUUAUUGUACCAGGUUAAAAAUCGAGGAGAUGGAUAUGCACUCCAACAAUCCAGAGAGUUGUCUUGAAGGUACAUUAUUCAAGACAUCGAGUAUUGAUCAAUAUGGUGGCCUUACUUAUCUCGAGCAUACUAAGCUUUGGUGUAAAAUUUCUCUAAGUAGUUAA